AUGGAAGGAAUUGGCGUAGCGGCUAAUCUCGUCGCUGUUGUCGACAUAACGGCCAAGAUAGCCGCGCAGUGCUAUGAUUACGCCAAGAAGGUCUAUAGCGCCAAAGCCGACAUUGACAGAGUGCAGAAAGAAAUAAUCGCUCUGACCGGCAUCGCGAAGAGUGUCCAGGGCCUUCUUAGCGGUCCAAAUGGCGACAGAUUAGCAACAUCCCACCCGCUCCAGACCGCGAUUGGAGACGCUCUGGAUCUACUUAGGACAGUAGACGAAAAGAUGGCUCUCAAAAAAGGCCAGAAGACAAUGAGUAGACUUGGACUACGAGCUCUCAAAUGGCCGUUUAAGAAGAGCGAAAUCAAAGUGAUAAUUGGAGAUCUGCGAAACUGUGGCCAGAAUAUAAAUUCUGCUUUGCAGAUGCUCGGGGCAAGCUUCUUCUUCAAGACUGGCGAGGCUGAACGCAGCACCUUGUCAAGAUUCUUCUCUACUAUUGCCGCUGAUAUGGUCAUCAAAAUCCCAGAGUUUGGUACAGCUGUUAAGGAGGCCUUGGACAAGGAUGCUGAUUUUCGCAGAAGGGCCCCGGGACAGUAA